UCGACGAGCGCUGAUUGGCAGCGAUGGCGGAUAGUGCCGUUUUCCGACUGGUCGGUUGGCCCUAAGUGGGCGGGGCUUCGAUUAAAGCGGCUGCGGGGCGCGGGUGACAGAUCCCCAGGAGCGGAGCAAGAUGAACCCGGACGGCGGCCCCGCCUCCAAGCGCCGGCUGCCGGCCGCCAGCGUGGCCAGCCCUCACCAGCUCUUCGAGGACACCAGCGCCGGCGCCCUGGGCAGGGGCUACGCUGCCCAGCAGCCCCCCGCUGCGGGCUCCUUCCUGGCCGAGCCCGUCUCCAGCUUCGCCGUGGCCUACGGCACCACCCUGGCCAGCCAGGGCAAGGAGAUCGUCGACAGGAAUAUUGACCGCUUCAUCCCCGUGACCAAGCUGAAAUAUUACUUUGCUGUGGACACCGUCUAUGUGGGCAGGAAGCUGGGGCUGCUUCUCUUCCCGUUCAUGCACCAGGACUGGCAGGUGCGAUACCAGCAGGACACGCCCGUAGCACCCCGGUUUGACAUCAACGCCCCUGAUCUCUACAUCCCAGUCAUGGCUUUCAUCACGUACAUCCUGGUGGCUGGCUUAGCGCUGGGGACCCAGAACAGGUUUUCUCCCGACAUCCUGGGCUUACAGGCCAGCUCGGCCCUGGCCUGGCUGAUUGUGGAGGUGCUGGCCACCCUGCUGAGCCUCUACCUGGUGACUGUGAACACGGACCUCACCACCAUCGACCUCGUCGCCUUCUCGGGGUACAAGUACGUCGGGAUGAUUGUCGGCAUCGUGUCCGGCCUGCUCUUCGGCAAGACCGGCUACUACCUGCUGCUCAGCUGGUGCUGCCUGUCCAUCUUUGUCUUCAUGAUCAGGACGCUGCGGCUGAAGAUCCUGUCGGAGGCGGCUGCGGAGGGUGUGCUGGUGCGGGGGGCCAAGAACCAGCUGCGCAUGUACCUCACCAUGGCCAUCGCCGCCCUGCAGCCGCUCUUCAUGUACUGGCUGACCUUCCACCUGGUCAGGUGACGGGGCCUCCCCGCUGCCCCCCCCCCCUCCAGCUGCCCGGACCCGGCCCCUGGCGCCCCAGGCCCAGCCGGGCUCCCUGCCUGGGCCUGUUCACAGCCAGGCUGACGGCGGGCGUCAAACAAGGCCGUGUCCGCUCCGGCUUGGGCUGCGGUGCCGUCCUCGUGUUAGGGCUGGGGGUGGGGGGGGGGAGUCUGUGUGAGCGGCUCCCGGCCAGGAUCUGGGGGGGUCCCUCUCUGAUGGGUUUAGCCACUGCAGGGUUUUGUUGAAGGGCCUCUGACCCCAACCUGGGGUAUGGAAGGGAGGGUGUCCCCUCCCCCUGGCAGCGGGGGAGGCAGCUGGAGCUUGGCUUGUCUCUGGGACCAACGUGGGAGAUGCCAGGCUCUGCCCUGGCAGUGUCGGUGGAGGGGGGGACCCUCCGCUGGGCAGUGUCUGGGGGGCGGGGGUGUCCCUUACCCUGCAGUGUCUCCUCCAGCCGGGCCGUGAGGAACCUGCCUGGAGUCCUGUACGCACCAGCCCUGCCCCCUGCCCGCUUCUGCACCAAGCUGGGGUGCUGCUGGUUUUGCGUGUGAAAUGCCUGGCGCCGCCCCCAUCUCCAGGCUGGGCAGAGCCGGGCCAGCACUCGGGGGGCUGCUGGGUGCACGGCCCACCGGCCAUUUUGAACCAGCCGCUGUUCUUUGGUUUCUGGUGGGGCUGGGGGUGGGGCAGCGGGCGCCAGUCUUGCCCUGAACGCUGCCUUCGGGCUGGCUUCCUGCAGCUCCCGCUAAUGCCUGAGCAGGCCCCCCGCCCCCCCGGGGCAUGUGAAUGCAUGUGCGCUGCUGCCUGGUGCUUUCUCAGUAUUACUGUGCUGCUGCUGCUGCUGGGGGGCAGGCCUGCCUCGCCAGGGCCCACGGGGGCUGCAUGCGCCUGAGGGCCCCCCCCCCCAACGCCUGUACCCACAACAAGCCAAUAAACAGCCGUGAUGGUG